AUGGUGGGGGCUGCGGAGGCGGUGGCGUCGUUGGAGAAGGGGCGUCUAGGGCGGCAGCGGAAUAGAGGUGGCGACUGCAGCGGUGGCAAAGGGACGCCACCGGAUACGCCGCCCCCGCGCCCGCGGCAAAGCCCUAUCGCCGCGCGAGGGCGGAGGGGUCGCUCGCCCGCAAGCCUUAUCGCGCCGCGCGCCAUUACACUGCUGCAGCCAAACAACGGCGCGCCGGAAAAGAACCGCGCGCGAGCGAUAAUUAAUUCCCUGGAGCGCCGCGCGACGCGCCACCGCCGACAACGCGAUUUUCGCGGCGCGGUAAUACCCGUGAAAAUCAAAAUGUUAAAGUUUGAGGAUGAAGAUGGACAUGAUUCCACAACCGUGCCUCUGUUUCUAAUACUGGAACAAAUCACUUACAGCCACUACGUCGCUGCGAUCGCUUCGUGCUCGUCCAGCCGCGUGAAAUGCUCUCCAGCUGGAAGGUCUAUUUUAGCAAAUUUUCAUUUGCGGGCGGCGCGUCCAACCUCGCGAUUCCACCCUGCCCUAGACGGCAUUCCACUCCCGCCCCCCUCCACUUCCGCCGAGUCGCGUCCAUUUGCGCGGAUGGCCGCCAAGAGAUGGCGCCACCCUCGGCCGCGUUCCACUCCGGCCCCGCCCUCGUCUCCUUUCCGCUGUAACCAACAUGCCGGGGCUGCAUUCCUUGCCAUGGAACCGCGCCUUGGGUCGGAAUCCCUGGCCACCGCCGUCGUCUUAUACAGCACCCAACCCACCACACUCAGUGGAGCCACCAGCGAAAUUGCAGGGGUUCGCCCUGAGCUUGGAUGGUCAGAGGAAGGACGCGAGGGCGGUGGCGGCGGCAAGAGAAUGCACGCGAGGCGAGGCGUCGCGAAAAUUCCUGGGCCGCAUUCCUCCGCCCUAGAAUCGCGCGUCCGCGGUAAUUGUGCGCCAUCAGCAGCAACAGCAGCAGCAGCAGCAACGGUAGCGGAAGUGGCAACGGCAACAGAAACAGCAGCAACAGCAGCAGCAGCGGCAGCAGCAGUAGCAGCAGAGGAGUGCGCCUUCUCUAUCGCCCCGGCCCCCACCACGGGCGGUGCUAGAGGGGCGUCACCAACUACCGAAAGUCGUACUCGAGCCUGCCACCCGCCGCACGGCGGGAGAGGGGGGGUUCAGGCAGAGGUGGGGCACGCGACCCGGUAUGGAGGCACCACCGCCGCCACCGCCGCCGCCUGCAGCGCUGCGGGUGACAGCCAGGUGAAAUUAGUCCCUCGGGACGGGCGCGGCGGCGCCUUGCUUCGCUUCGCUUUUGUUUCCGUGUCUUUGACAGAUGAAGGCGGUGCCGCCGCGAAACAAGGGAGACUCGCGCCCCGCGCCGCCGCCGCCGCCGCCCUAGACUGUACAGGCCGUUCCACCGCCAACGGACCGUCCAUGGCGGGUUUCCCGUGGAUCGCGGAUUUUGAUUUUAAUUCGACUCCCGAAAGUCCUACUCAAGCCUCCCAUCCGCUGCAUGCACCUUUCUCGCCAACUCGUGGCUCAGAGUGGAAGCCGAACCAAGGAAGUCCGGGUAAUAUGUAA